AACACGCCACAUUUGCCGGUAAACCAUACUGUGUUCCACCGGCCACGUUUUACCAUUCAUCGAAUCAUCAUCAUCAACACCAAAUCCUCCAUUCUCUCUCCCCAAUUUCUCGCCGCAGCAGCUUCCUUCGAUCCAGAAUACUCUACAAGUAUUUCCAUGGAAAAUAGUGAGGAGGUGGGACCAAAUGCUAAUCGAGGAGCAGAAUGGGAAGUUGUUUCACUUACAGCAUCAGCUUAUGCGGCUGCUCCUAGUGCAGAUCAAGUUGGACCACCGGUUAUAGAUGAAAAGGAAAAUAUGGUUGUUGAUGAAAAUACAUCAGAUGCUCUUUUUAUGUCUGGUCAUUUUGUUUUCCCCCCAAGUCAGCAUGAAAAUUUACCCAUAGAAUCUGAGGCUACUAAAAAACAGAAUGUACAAGAAGGUAAAGAUGAAGAAGAUGAAAUUGUUGUUGAGCAAGUGGGUAAAUCUGACACGAUAGAAGGAAAGAGUUUGAAUGCAAAAGGAUUGACAAUGGAGGAUGAAUUUCCUGGAAUAACGCUAUUUGAUGACCAGGGUAAUAGUUUAUCUAAAACAGAUUUUGAUUUGGCUACUGAGGAGACUAGAUUUUUUAGUUCUCAUACUACAUUUACUGAGUCCACAUCAGACAUUCCUCACCCAACCGAUCCAUCUGUGAGAAGCUUAGGUUUAAGUCCACAGCAGUUACCAGAUGAGGAGGAAGAAGAAGAUAAGCAACACAAUGGUUCUGAACUCCCAUGUCAGGCUUGGUGGAAGAGACAAGCUCUUUCCCUAUAUACACAUGCCAAAGAUGCAAAUUCAUUUUGGUCCAUUUUUGUGGCAGCAGCUGUUAUGGGUCUUGUAAUCAUUGGACAGCAUUGGCAAAAGGAUAAGUGUCAGUUAGGCAUCAAUGACGAGAAAAUCGGAAGAAUGUUGGGCCGACCUAUUUAUAGAUUGAAAGAUGUGAUCUUUGGUGGGAAUAGAAGAGGUUCUUUCAUCAGAGGUAAUCCUUCUGCAGAUCAUUAAGAUGGGUUAUGUAUGAUGAUGAAAAAUAAUGGUA